AGCUGCAACCAGCCAAUCGCGGCGCAGCUCUAUUAUGACACAGCGGUAUUCCGCGAAAUUGUUUCUUGGAGUUGAGAGAACCGUCUGUUGCUCACUGUAAAAUAGGACAAGUGGACGCCGGAGUGCAAGCACAGAGAACGGAGGAACAUACGUCUCAAAAGCACAAUAGCUUAAAGGAGGGAAAAAAAGAGCACGACGGAAGAAGAAGAAAAGGAAAGGAGCACAACUGUUAUCUCUCUUGAGGCGGCGUUCAUUUGUCCGCCCAGCAUCCUACAGAAGGAAACGUUCCGUCUUUUCGGGACAGGGACUGUGAGGUCGGCACGUGUGGAUCAUUAGCCACGUUUCCAAGGAGGACUGCGGUCUAACUACGGUUCUUCUCUCCCUUUUCGGAUUGUUUAUCAGACUCUAUAGAAACUCUGCACAGACUGUCUCCACUCCACCCAGAUCUGCUCCAGCGAUGUCGGAGGUUGAGGUCUCUGUGGACUGCGUCCCCACUUGUCCUCUGGAGAGGACAGAGGACGUAUUUAAAGACAGCCAAGAAAACGGCACUUUACUGAUGGUGGCGAUGAUUUUAUUGGACUUAAAGAAAUGCGGUCCAGACACUAUCGGCGCAGGGGACAGCAGAUGUCUCGGCGGGGCCAUCGAAGCGGGAAGGCAGGAGAAAGAGAAAGAGGAGCGGGGGAGCAGCCGGGUGUCUCCGGUUCUCAACGCGUCCCGGAACAAGGCACCGGGGAGAACGGAGACCCCGGAGAAGAAGCACGGCUGCCCCUUUGCCGGCUGUGGGAAAAUGUACGGGAAGUCGUCCCACCUCAAAGCCCACCUCAGGGUCCACACCGGGGAGCGUCCCUUCAAAUGCACCUGGCCAGACUGCGGCAAGAAGUUCUCCAGAUCAGACGAGCUUACACGCCACUACCGCACGCACACGGGCGAGAAGCGCUUCAACUGUCCGCUGUGUGAAAAGUGCUUCAUGAGGAGCGACCACCUGACCAAACACGCCCGGCGACACGCGGGCUUCCAUCCCAGCAUGCUGCAGGGCUCCAGCAUCGCCAAGAGACGGCGCUGUUCCACCUCCAUGUCCUCCUCCGACUCUGGGGACCAAAGCCCUGCAGGAAUCUGAAACACCUACUGUCCAUGAUUGAUAUAUAUAUAUAUAUAUAUAUAUAUAUAUAUAUAGAGAGAAUGAGAAUGGUGUUUAUUAGAAGGUAACAUACCCUGCUGUACCUCCACGUGAAUCUCAGUCAGCCAGACAAAUAUUCAGGGACUUUCCUUUCACACGUGCAACAGCAAGCUGAUUAUCAUUUAACUAGAGUUCACUGACUCAUUCCCUGAGGUAAUUUAUAUUUAUUAAGGGUUGUUCAGGGUCUGGCAGAGAUGACUAGCUAUUCUUUUCUUCUUUUUGCCUAGGUUCAUUUAUGGCUUUUCUGGAAGAAUGUCAAAUCAAAGUAAAGUUCAUUUGCAUAAGCAGUGUUGCUCUUAGAAACUCGCGCUCCAUUUAAAGGUGCAGCCAAACAUCGGCCACGGCAUCUUACGGUGGAUCGAAUCCGAGUUCUGAAGUUUUAGAAAUAUUCCUAUCGUCCAGUGUGAAGGAUGACACAAUUUCUUUUACAGUUACUUUUCCGUCAAACACAAUGUGAAUGCACUCUACAACAGUAUUACCAUGUAAAUAAAUUAAACAGACAGGACAUAGAUUCAGAUUAGUGUAGCUUAUGAGAGUGUAAUAAGAAAAGUUAUAAUAUAGAGACGCAGAGCUUAGCUAUUUAAUUUCAUAUACGUUUGGCUACAGACCUCAGCUGUGCUUCGAGCUGCUAAAACUGAAAUGUUUUUUAUGCAACAAUGAACUUGCAAAUACAUGCACGGAAAA